AUGGAUGAAUAUGAAACAUGCAUUUUUGGAUUGAGAGCUUCCUUAGAAUUAUCAGUCAAGAAGUUAGAGGUAUGUGGAGAUUCUUUGCUGAUUGUCAACCAAAUACAGAAAGUCUGGAAGAUCAAGGAAGAAAAGAUAGUUCCAUACCAUGAAUGCCUCAUGAAGCUGGUGGAUAAGUUUGAUUGCAUUACUUUUCAUCAUCUUUAUAGAGACAAGAAUCAGUUUGCAAAUGCAUUAGCUGCUUUAGCAUCACUAAUCCCGAUCCCAAGAUAUUCCACGGUCAAACCCAUCGAGGUGGCACGAAGAGAGCAACCAGCUUACUGUUAUGCGGUUGAGAUUGAAGCAGAAUUGCCAGACGGAGACCCAUGGUAUCUAGAUAUCCAAAAAUACUUAGAGGAAUGA